AUGAAUUGUGCAGCUCAAGCCAUGGCAAGAUGCAAUCUUUGUGAUAGAUAUGCUUGCAGGGCAUCUGUUUUGCCACCUCCUUCAAUCCGAAGCUAUCUUUACACACUGCGCAUUGAGAAGAAUCUGAAGCCAGCAUUUCCUGCCUGGUGGCGUCCCGUACCGAUUCGGGUCGUUCUCUGCCAGCUGCUGGAUCAACUGCUCCAAACCGGGGCCGAUGAAAUAAUCCCCAAAAUUCAUCGGCAGCCGGAAAUCGACCCCUCCGCCGCCCAUUCCGGCGGCGCCGCCUCUGGGGCCCUCGAAUACGACCUGGAUAUUAGCUCCCCUAGACUGGAGGCCGUUGAUGUAGUUGUUGAGGAAGGAGAAAGGGUUGAACUCGUCGGGGGAUCGAGCACCGAAGAGCGCCGACAGAUCCUCGAAUCCUCCACCGCCGCCGGACGAGAAGGAGAACGCGUUGGCGCCGGGAGAGGAGGAGGAGAAGACGAUCGGGAAGCCGCCGAAAGGGGAGGAGGCCGGGAAGGCGUCGGCGAAGAAGGGGUUAGGGAUUGGGUUGUCGGGGAUCGGGGCAGCGGUUUCCGGGUCGGAUUCUUCCAGAAAUCCGCCUCCGCAGUUGGGGCAGACGACAUCGGCGGUGGGGGAGGACGGGGGCACGACGGCGACGUGGCGUUCGCACUUGUAGCAGUAGUAUUGACACGCGGUGGCAGCGGCUCCGCCGUCCCCGCCGCCCGAAAUACCCGCCGACGACAUGGAUUUUGUGCGGAGAGAGAGAGAGAGAGAUUUAUCGGGUCGGGUGUUUGA